AUGAGGUCUCUGGUCGUCCUGCCGUACCUGUCCCUGCUGCUCCUGGGAGUCCUGGCCACGCACGACUGGACGUACACAGAGGGGCCGGGGGAUGAGACACACUGGCACGAGGCGUACCCCACCUGCGGGGGGGACCGGCAGUCGCCCAUCGACGUGCAGAGGAGGAAGGUGCAGUACAACCCCGCGCUGGACGCACUGAACCUGACCGGCUACAGCACGCAGGACGGCUCCUUCCGCAUGCUCAACAACGGCCACACCGUGCAGAUCAACCUGCCCCACUCCAUGCGCAUGACCACGGCCGAGGGCACCGAGUACAUCGCCCAGCAGCUGCACUUCCACUGGGGCGGCGCGGCCAGGGAGGUCAGCGGCUCUGAGCACACCAUCGACGGCAUCCGCUACCCGGCCGAGAUUCACGUCGUUCACUACAAUUCCAAAUACGAAAGCUUCGACGUGGCCAAGGACGCUCCCGACGGCCUGGCUGUGCUGGGGGCCCUCAUCGAGAUCAAGGACUACGAGGAAAACACCUAUUACAGCGACUUCUUCUCUCACCUGACGUCUGUCAGGUACUCAGGACAGAGCACCGUUCUGGACAGCCUUGACGUCCGGAACAUGCUGCCCGUGGACCUCCGCCGCUACUACACCUACGGGGGCUCGCUCACCACGCCGCCCUGCACGGAGAACGUCCGCUGGUUCCUGCUGGCCGACACCGUGCAGCUCUCCAAGGCUCAGGUGGGGAAGCUAGAGAAUUCCUUAGUGGACGACCACCACAAGAUCAUCCGCAACAUUUACCGCAGGACCCAGCCCCUGAACAGCAGGGUGGUGGAAGCCAACUUUGUCUACCACCCUAAUUACCAAUACGCCCUCGGCUCCCAGCUCCUGCUCAACACUCACUGGAUCCACAAGAAGCUGGACGAGCUGAUCAGCUUCAUGGAGGUUCUAG